AUGCAGAUGCUUCUACUAAGGUGUAGUUGCACCACACCAUGUGAGAAAUCCCUCGGCCUUUUGUUUCUGGACAUUCCCCCUUGGCGGACUUUUUUGUUCUGUUCCCACCGCAGUACUGGUACCUUGGUGGCGACGGGCAGUAGCGACUCUACCGCCAAGGUGUGGGACGUCGAGAGAGGGUACUGCACGCACAACUUUCGGGGCCACACGGGCGUCGUCUCCGUGGUUGCGUUCCACCCGGACUCGAAACGCUUGACGCUGGUCACCGGCAGCGAAGACACGACCGUACGAGUGUGGAGCCUCUCGGAGCAGUCCUGCACGGCCGUCCUGAAGGCACACCUGAGCUACGUGACAUCGCUGGCGUUCUUGCCGGGAGGGACCGGGGUGAUCUCCGGCGGGCGAGAUCGCGUCCUUAACGUCUGGGCCCUGGACAGGUCGGAGGUGCGGAAGACGUUUCCCGUGUACGAGGAGGUGGAAGGGCUUCAGGUUCUUCCACAGUCGGAGGAAUUUUCUGAGAGCUUUCCCGUGUCCGCCGCCGGCAGCCUCGUGGCCGUCGCGGGCAAGAACGGCGUCGUGAGAGUCUUCUCUCUCGAGGGUACUUCAGUCGAAGCAGCGGCACCGGGAAAAGGAAAGCACAAGCUUGACGGCAGUAAGAAAAAGAACAACAAGGCUGCGGUGACGGCAGCAAGCGACCGGGAUGAAAAAGGGCAGCGGCUGACGUGCCGCUGCGUGAUGACCCAGGACAACGCUUCCGCCUCCCACAGGGCCGGCUACACGUCCCUCCUCCUGGACCCGCGAAGAGGCGGUCUACUGGCCGUCACCGUGGACCAUAACCUCGUCUUGAUCGAGGCUAGCGGCAAACGCCGCCUGGGAGAAACCGCGGGGGCGGCGGCGGCGGCGGCUGUUGGCUCUCACGGGUCCCUGGUUACCCGGCGGCAGAUCGUGGGAUACAACGACGAGGUGAUCGAUGUGAAGAGCUUCCCCAGCGGCGGCGAGUCAGAUGGGGAGAGCUGGGUUGCCGUGGCGACCAACAGCCCGCAGGUUCGGCUGUUCGAGCUGGGCAGCUUUUCGUGCCGGUUGCUGGACGGACACACGGACACCGUGCUGGCCUUGGACGUGGCACCGGACGGGCGGCACCUUUGCACUUCCUCCAAGGACCGCACCUGUCUCCUGUGGAACGUCGACCUGGGGGUACCGGUGGUGCGGUGGUCCGGCCACGCCGACUCAGUGGGUGCGGUGGCAGCCUCGCGAAAGCCUGGCCCUUGGAACUCCUCCUCAAGCUCUGCCGCCGGAGGCGCAGCGGCCUUCGUCGUGAGCGGUGCCGCCGACCGCACGCUUCAGCGCUGGGACGUCCCCUGCCGCGCUCUCGCGGCACUGGAGGGGGCGGCGAGAGACUCGAGGGAGGCGACUGCAGAGGUAGCGGCAGAAGCAGCGGCAGAAGCCGACGGUAAAGGCAAGGCCGGCGGCGCCGGCGCCGGGGUGUGGACGCCCCCGGCGCCGCUGCUGGAGACGGCGCGGCGGAGCGUGCGCGCGCACGAGCAAGACAUCAACUGCGUGGCCGUGUCGCCGAACGAUGCGGUGGUAGCGAGCGCGUCCCAGGACCGCACGAUCAAGCUCUGGAAGGCAGCGGACCUGGAGCUGACGGGGGUGCUCAAGGGCCACAAGAGAGGCGUCUGGAAGGUGGAGUUCAGCCCCGUGGACCGCUGCCUGGCGUCGUGCUCCGGUGACCGCACCGUCAAGCUCUGGAGCCUCGCGGACUUGUCGUGUCUGAGGACGUUCCAGGGCCACACCGCGUCCGUCCUAAGCGUCGCCUUCGUUAGCGCGGGCGCCCAGGUCGUGUCCGGAGGGGCCGACGGGCUGGUGAAGGUCUGGACCGUACGCUCCGAUGAGUGCGAGGCUACGCUGGACGCGCACACCGACAAGGUCUGGGCGUUGACCACUGCGGCGGCGCCGGCGGUGAGGAGACAUCGGGAUGAGGAAGAGGUGGUGGAAGGCGAAGAGGGGCCGAACGCGGGGAUAGUGGUUGUUAGCGGCGGCGCGGACUCGGUGAUAAACGUGUGGAAGGACGUGACGGCCCGAGAAGAGGAGAAAGUGAUCGCGGAGAGGGAGAACGCCCUACUCAAGGAGCAGGAGCUGUACAACCGCCUGAGGAACAAGGAGUACGGGCCCGCGAUCGCACUAGCACUCGAGCUCAAGCGCCCGCAGAAGCUGUGGGGCGUUCUGAGGGACGCCAUGACGGAGGGAAUGGGAGAAGGGGGAGAAGGUGCCCCGGCGGGCGGCGAUGACGAAACGACGGAGAUGGCAUCUCGCCGUUUGGACGAGCACGUGUCCUCCUGGACCAUGGACACCAUCAGCCAGUGCCUGGGGUACUGCCGCGAUUGGAACACGAACGCGAGGAAGGCGGUGGUCGUGCAUGCCCUCGUUGGGAGCAUCCUCCGCUGCGUCAGCAUCACUUCUCUCAAAGAGCUGCCGGGAUGUGCGGAGUUGGUGCGCGUGUUGCUUCCCUACUCGGAGCGGCACUUCCAACGCCUGGACCGCCUGCUGCAGUCGUCGUAUCUUGUAGAGCACACGCUGGCCUCCAUGCAGAUGCUUGUGGCCGGGAACAGUCCUGCGGGUGACAGCAACAAGGCAGCGGCGGGGACAAAAACUACCCGUCCCCUGGUGCGAGAGUUGAAACGUCUUCGGGAUGGCAAACCCCGACAAGAGGGACAGGGUGUAGAUGGGGGAGUGGAGAGUGAUAGUGAGGGGGAGGACAAGGUUGCAAGCCCGGUGCCUGUGUCCGAAGUUGUCGAUGGGCGGGUUGUUUUUAACGUUAGGGUAGAAAAUAGUGGGGCGGGAGACUCGGACAGCGAGGAGGAGGAUAGCGAUUUGCAGGAAAGUGACGUUGUCAUGGGCGACGCUUCGAAGAGAGAUCCAAGUCAAGUAGCGGGAGGAGGUGGGGAGGGGUCGGCGGAAAAGCCCAAGAAGCGCAAGAAGAAAUGUUCGUCCGGUGCUUCUGCCCCGACGACUCUAGGGCUGGUGGGGCAAGCCGUGUUACCGGCGGCGGGGGCAAAGGAGAUAGCCGGCGCCAGUGGUGACAAGAAGGCUCGGAAGAAGAGGAGAAAAACUGCUGGUGACGCGAAGAACGUCGCUGGUGCAAGUCCAGUGCUCGUCAAGGUGCAGAAGCAGUCGGUGGGGGCUGUCGUACCCGAGGAGGGGGGGGCAGUAGCUGAGGCGGGCGAGGACGGGGGGGGGGCCGGCAGAAAAAAAAAGAAAAAGAGGUCGGGCAAGGGCAGGCGCAGGUCGACGACAACGUAGGUUUGUAUCUUGCGUCUUGUGUCUGUUAUGCCGUCCUUUUGAUGUUGUGAGAGUGAUCGUUAUAGGUUAGGAUAAGGAAGGCGGGACCACGAAUUGAUUUUUUUUUGUUCGAGUAUUGAGUGGUUUUCGGCAAGUUGUGAGUGCCGUGAGCAUUGCUGUAUCAUUAAGCUUGUGCGCUUCGUGUUCUGUGUUUGGGCGAAACGUACGAUGAUGACACGGGCAUCACCCGUUCGUUGUUUCAGAAAGCAUACGCGAUCAAGAGUCUACCCGCCCGUUCGAGACAUAACCCGAAUCGAAGUGAU